GAGCAUUUGGCUCAGAUUUGACCUCGUUUCCCAAACAUCCUGUAGUGGCCGCCCAAUCCUCCCUCCCACUGUUUUCUUCUCAUGUUUCUCUUUUCUGUGCAGUUGCACAACUGUGUUGUUUUCAUCUUGGUGGUUCUAUCAAAGACACAUGCAGUGAUGGUGGAGGAUCGACCAGCAGGAAGCGUAUCAGAGGCCAUCACCACCGUGACGGGCGGAAGUAAACCUGUGCACCGCUUCCUCAGAGGACAACCCAAGAGUAUUGGAGUGGUGCUGGUGAUGAUGGGUAUAGGUCUAUUCAUGUUUGCAAUUCCUAUGAAUGUGCAAUCAGAUGCAUCCAUCUCAGCGGAGCAGAUCACCCCAUUCUGGCUUGGGAUCUUGUUCUUUAUCUGUGGCCUUCUGUAUAUUCUGUCUGAACGCAACCCCUCCAAGAAGAUGAUCACAGCCAGCCUUGCUCUGAGUAUCAUCUCAGUCAUUGGAGUGCUGUAUGCUAUUGGGGAAUUCUCCAGAGCAAUAUCUGAAAUCUAUCAUGUACACUGGUCUCAUAUGUAUGAUAAUCUAACAGAGAAGGAGGAAAGAUAUGCUGAACAACAUUAUAUGUCCAUGACAAACAUGCAGAUAGUGUUCUUCUGUCACAGCUUGAUAGGAGGCGUUCUGCUGGUAACCAUGACGUUCUUCGCCAGGGCAGCGCUGCGAUCCAGCAGGACUCAGGCUGUUGUUGUAAUGCGGGACCUGCCGACUGCAGAGUGAACGAACCAAAAUCAUCUGAACAUCCUCCUUUGUGUACGUGAAGAGGAAGUGACAACACAUUAGACUAUUUCACUAAUAAUCACCUCUUUAAAAUGAUCUUUAAAAUGACAUAUAUAUACAGUAUAUGAUAUGGUAACAAAAUGCAGCAGUAGAACUGUAGAGUCUGUUUUCUGUGUUAAUAAUACCAGUGUUUUGUACUAAAAAACAGCAUUCAGAGCAUAGGGACAUUUAUUAUUUGUAAACUUAUCUUUGAGCAUAGCUUUAUUCUUUUAUUAUAACUGUGCAUUAAUACUUUUGUCAACGAUCGUUAUACUACUAUAAUACUUUUUGUAAUAAAUAUUCUUUACAAUGCAGGCAUAAGCAGAUCUCCGAAAUGUUAAAGAGUGCUUCAUCUGGAAAGCAUCUGUUAUGUACAAACAUCUUCAUUAACAAAAACCAUUAACACUUUCUAAACUUCUGACACGGAAUAUUUUAGACACAUUGCAAAUACUGUACAUCUUCUAGAUGAAAAUCCUCAUAUAAAAGAGACGUCUGUGAGAUGAAUGUGUGAUAUUUGAGUAUACUUAUAAUAAUAAUACGUCUUUAUUAUUUCAGAAAUCCCUAAACUUAAUCUCUGCUAAAUAAUACUAUCUAGUAACACUGUAACAGAAAUAAUUAAAUCUAAAGAUUUACUAAUAUUACUAAAAUAAACAUAACAGUGUGCUAAAACAAAGCACAAAGGUCAUGUGGUGGUAGACAUAAAGGAAGGUUAAUCUGCAGGAGCAGGGCUGGAGACAAAUGACCUACACAGCUACGAGACGACUGGGUUUUUAUCAGGAGUCAUAGGUUCUUGGUUGCGAGAUUGUUGCAUGUAGAAUUCAUCACAAUGCUGAACACUUACGAUCAGAUCACCCAAGAUGGAUUUUAAUACCAGCUGUAAACAGGGCAAUGAAGUACUAUUUUCUACGUGAGACAUAUUUGACUCUAACUUCUUCUUCUUCUUCUUCUUUCUUUUUAACAGCAGGAAGAAUCCUUGUAUACAUACAUAUUUUUCCAUUUGUUACUUUGUAUUCAUUAUUUGUUGAAUUAUUAAAUAAACAAAUUGUGAUAUUUUUCUCAAUUUCUGAAAUAAAGAUUCAAAUGUUUGCUAACA